GAGUGCUUUGGUUUCACGGUCACACUGAGUAAGUGUCCGGGGACAGCUGAGUGCGGCUCCCUCCCACUUGCCACCAACGUUAGUUGCCCUGACGCCAUGUUACUGAAUCCGCAGCCAAGAGGUGGCUCCUCACUCGUCGCCGCCGCCCCCGCUGACACCUUUAACUUCCAGGUUUCAGGAGGAGGGUUUAAACAGAGGCGAGUGGGGCUGAAGGUGAGAGACACUGCGGCCCGGGGACCCUGCUCUGGGGCGCUGACAGGAGCGAGAAGUAAAGGGGAGCCCAGAGAUGAUGUUCGGCAGCGCCUUCCCGCUGGACGCAGCCACUUUACUGAUCCUCGGCGCCCUCUCCCUCUUGCUCCUCCUUUACUUUCGCCGCGGCUCUAAGUGCCAUGGAGCGAUCAACCUGCCCCCGGGACCCCCUUGUCUGCCCAUCAUCGGUCACCUGCACCUGAUGGAUCUGAAGAAGCCCCACGAGAGUCUCAUGGAGCAAUUCCGAAAACAACAGCAUGAAAAGGGCAAGGACAGAGGGUGCAAGAAGAGCGAUAACACGUCCAAAUUUCUCUCCAUAGUUUGAUGUGAAUGUGCAUCCGAACAUCGUCAUUGUCAGCAGUUAAUGGAUCACCAUCCCCAAGGACAGCAAUUCAGGAAUGCAGUUCAGUGUCAUGAUCUGAUAGCAACACAGAGUGCCAGCACAGGCCCUUCAGCCCAUUGUAUCUAGACUGACCAUCAUGUACCUAUCUAUACUCAUCCUAUUUAUCACCAUUUGUUCUGCAGCCUUCAGGACUACGAUGGUUGGGCAAUAAAUAAUAAUGAAUGGCCCAGAUAGGAUGGAGGUGGAAAGGAAGUUUCCAGUAAUGGGAGAGUCAAGGUAGGCGGCGCGGCUCCGGCCAGCAGCGGCCUCUGCAGCCUGUCCGCGUUUUUAUUA